ACCCGAGCGCAGCCGGAAGAAGCCGAGUCUGCCCGAAGGGGGCUGAGCGCGGCUGGACUUUGGGCUUGGCUCAGGCGCGCCAUGGCUGCGGAGGGGACAGCUGUGGUCGGAGGCGGGGCUGUUGGCGGCCGCCUCGCCAAGGAUGGCUUGCUGCAGUCUCAGUACCCGGACGCGGCCCCGAACCGGCGGCGCAGCUCGUCGCUGUCGCGUGACGCCGAGCGCCGAGCCUACCAGUGCUGCCGGGAGUACUUGGGCGGGGCCUGGCGCCGAGUGCGGCCCGAACAGCUGAGGGUUGACCCUGUGAGCGGAGGCCUGAGUAACCUGCUCUUCCGCUGUUCGCUGCCGGACCACCUGCCCAGCGUCGGCAAGGAGCCCCGCGAGGUGCUGCUGCGGCUGUACGGGGCCAUCCUGCAGGGCGUGGAUUCCUUGGUCCUCGAAAGUGUGAUGUUCGCCAUCCUGGCGGAGCGGUCGCUGGGGCCCCAGCUCUAUGGAGUCUUUCCAGAGGGCCGGCUGGAACAGUACAUCCCAAGCCGGCCACUGAAAACGUGUGAGCUUCGAGAGCCGGUGUUGUCAGCAGAAAUCGCCACGAAGAUGGCCCGGUUCCAUGGCAUGGAGAUGCCGUUCACUAAGGAGCCGCACUGGCUAUUUGGGACCAUGGAGCGGUACCUAAAGCAGAUCCAGGACCUGCCCCACACUGGCCUUCCCCAGAUGAACCUGCUGGAGAUGUACAGCCUGAAGGAUGAGAUGGGCAACCUGAGGAAGCUGCUAGACUCUACCCCAUCACCAGUGGUCUUCUGUCACAAUGACAUCCAGGAAGGGAACAUCUUGUUGCUCUCAGAGCCAGAAAAUACCGAAAGACUGAUGCUAGUCGACUUUGAAUACAGUAGUUACAACUACAGGGGCUUUGACAUUGGGAACCAUUUUUGUGAGUGGGUUUAUGAUUAUACUCAUGACGAGUGGCCUUUCUACAAAGCACAGCCUGCAGACUACCCAAGCCAGGGGCAGCAGCUCCAUUUUAUUCGCCAUUACCUGGCAGAGGUCAAGAAAGGUGAGACCAUCUCCCAAGAGGAGCAGAGGAAACUGGAAGAAGAUUUGCUGGUAGAAGCUAAUCGGUAUGCUCUGGCAUCCCAUUUCUUUUGGGGUCUCUGGUCUAUCCUCCAGGCAUCUAUGUCCACCAUAGAAUUUGGUUACCUGGAGUACGCCCAGUCUCGGUUCCAGUUUUACUUCCAGCAGAAGGGGCAGCUGAGCAGCCUCCACCCCUCGUCCUGACUCUCCACAGCCACCAGCUGCAUGGAUCUCUCCUGAAGCCUCCACGGCAGGACCUUGGAGGGAAGGGCAAAGAGCAAGGGACUCUGGGAACUGGGCUGAGCCCUGGAGUGAGACGGGUUGAGGAGGCUGACCUCUCCCCACAGCCCUAGAAUGGUGGGAGGGAACCCCUGGGCUGUGCACCUUAAAACAAUAAACAAGCUUCUUCCUUCACA